CUUCCUUUAAUAUUUCCACUACAAUUUGACCAGAAAACACAUCAACCCCACCUCUUUUCCCCCUCUAUAUAUUCCUCCUCGUCUCCCCAUUCUCUUUCCUCAUCCAUCUCUCUUUCUCUUUCUCCCUCUUAUACUUUCAUUAUUCUUUUAAAUUUUAAAAAAAUGGAAGAAAUUUCAUGUUUAAAAAGGCAAAGAGAAGAAGAAGCCCGUGAUGAAUCUCUCUUUAAACGCCAAAAAUCAUACAAAGAUAUAAUUAAUCUUCUUGAAGAGGAAGAAGACGAACCUGUUGAUGAUUUAUCUUCUUUAAUUUCUACUCUUCAAGAAGAAAUCGGUUGCUCUUCUUCUCCUUCUCCUUCUCCUUCUCCGUCUCCGUCUCCGUCUCCGUCUCCGUCUUCUUCUGUAUCUAAUCAAGCUCCGUCAAAUCCGUUCGAGGCUGACCCGGAAGUACCGUCGAUCGGGUUUAGGUCUGGAUCUGGAUCUGAAGAAGAUGAGAAUGAAAACGUUAUGAGACACCUUCUAGUAGCUUCUGAUGAUGAGUUGGGUUUACCUAACACUAGUAACAUUACAGACGGUUUUGAUGAGGUGGUUGGAGUACAGAUGGACGAUGGAGAUUUGUUUUCAUUUGUCGGUGGUGAAGGGAUUUGGGAGUUUGAAGAUUAUGAAGUUUCUAAUUAUUAUAAUUUGUUACAGUCUACUGAGAUAUUUAUUUAGUAGGCCUUAAAAUUCCUUCAAUUUGCAAAAUAGUCCUUUUUAUGAAGGGAGUAUAAAGUAUGUAGGGGUUGAAGGGGGAAAAAGAAGAGACGAAGAGGACUGGACUAAAAAUAGAAAAAAAAGAAACGGAGGAAAAAAAUUAAAAAGAAAAAUGAAAAACUUAUUUAGGGUUUUUCAUUUGAGUCCCUAUCUUUUCUAUGUAAAUUGUUAAUAGUACCACCUAUACUCGGUAGAAUUUGAGAUAGUAGAAUGACAAAUGAAUUCACUAUUUUUUUCCUUUUUGCCUGA